AUGGGUUCUAAGCGCAAGUCCACAGGAGGCAGCGAGAAGAGCAGCAAAACCAGCAAGACUGCCGCUUCGACCAAAUCAUCCCCCGGCGAUAUCAGCAUCUCGAUUGACACCUCAAAAGCUAAUGUGCAGCCGGUUCUGGCAAAGUUUUCCGCAGCAGUGCCCGCCGUAGCGUCCUCCUUUGCCACAUACAAGAGUGUGGACUCUAACAAAAAAGAUGCGUGUCUAGUGGUCAACGAGACAGAAAAAAUCGAGUUUGUUGGCCAGAACUACGAGGACGGCAAGAAGCUCAACUCUGGCAGCCGGUACCUUAUUGGUGUCUACGACAAGGAGACAGACACGGUGACCUUCCGGGCAGCGCCCCUGGUCAACGUCAACACAGUGAUCAAGUCGCUGAAGAGCGCGCGCGGCGUGCUUGACCGGAACAUCUCCAAUGCCGUUAUCCAGGCGCGGAAUGAGCUUGGUGAGGCUUUCGGUAACAAGAAGAGGAAGGCGCAGAUUCGCUCGGAGGAGCGCAACAAGAUCAACAUGGACACGGUCAAGGGAGACAUGGGCAUUAUCGAGGCCAGCAUUGAGAAGCGCAUCAGCACUAUGCCCUCGGAGAAGGACCUGGCUGCCGAGGCCAAUGUCAGCCGGCCGCUGCCGAAAUUCGAUUCCGAGGCAAAGACCCCCGAGGCGAUCUACGACAUGGAAGAUGUGCUGCCCAAGGCCCUUCAGUCGCAUAUCGAUAUUCUGCCCUUCAUCAAGAACACCGACGCCGAAGGGUACAAGCCUUUUAUUGCCGCGCGCUCGCAGUUCAUCUACAAGAAGAUCGAGCGCAUCCUUGGUGUCACCAAGCCCGAUACCGUGGAGCUCCGGCGUACCAUCUAUCUCAACUACCUCAUGCGCUUCUACGGCAUGCAAAACAAAUUCCUCCGCAACCGCGCCGAGUGCAUCAAGUCGCUGUCCUGCUCGCCCGAGAUUGCCGACGCCAUCUUUGACAUAUUCACGGACUGUGACGCUGGGUCACACAACCAAGAUGGCUCGCCUGUUUUUGUCAAAACAACGGCCACCGAAAACAAGCUUGCUUGCUAUAUUGCCGUGCUUAUGCUGUCGCUGAACAAGUGGACGGCGUACCCAUCGGAGUUGGCUGCGGACCUGAAUAUCCCCGGAAAGAAGGCCGAAACCUACUUCCAGAACGUUGGCUGCAAGCUCGAGGCUGCUUCGGCUGCCGAUAUUGCCGCCAACACGUAUUCCAAGCGCCCGAGGUCUGGUGGAAAUAAGAUUGCCAUUCUCAAGGCGCCAGUGCAGUUCCCCAAGGCGAGCCUGAGAGGAUCCAAAUAG